UACCCUGCAGUCCCCUCCGCAGCUUCAAAAGAGGUGGCAAAUGCUUCCCGUGUACCAGAUGACUGACUUUGGCCCCUUUUGUACCUUCUGUGUCAGAGGGAUAACUUCUCCUGGAGAGCGCGCGCCGACAACAAAGUGAGCAAUUUCCUGAUGUUGCUCUGGAUCAAGCCCUUCCAGUUUCAGUUACUCUUCUUCUUUGAUAAAUUGGCGUGCAGACCGUGAAGUAAACUCAUCUUGGCUUUGAUCUGCUGGCAGAGGAUGGUACCGGACCACAGGGGCGCGUUUCGCGCUUCAGUUUUACUGGCUGGUGUGAUAAUCUGCAGCAACGUGCUAUGUCCCGUCGGUGCCUAUCUGUACAACAACCGCUACGCAGGUGAUCAAGUCUUCAGGAUCACUCCGAGUGAUGACCAGGAGGUCCAUGUGCUCAAGAAAAUUCUGAGACAUAUGAAGGUGGACCUUUGGCAGCCCAACAGUGCAGCUCUCAUCAGACAAAAUGCCACAGUAGACGUUCACGUGAAACGCAACGACACUCGAGGCUUACACACGCACUUAAAGCAGGAGCGGAUUGACUAUCGGGUUUUUAUCUCCAAUCUUCAGACUGAAAUUGAGAAGCAGACAGGAUAUCGCUCAUCUCGCAGGCGACGGUCAGAGUCUCAGUAUGACUACGAGGUGUACCACUCUCUGGAAGAGAUCCAGAACUGGAUGUUUGACAUGAACAGAACCCACUCAGACCUGGUCGACAUGUUCUCUGUCGGGAAGUCGUACGAGGGACGACCGCUUUAUGUGCUUCAGCUAGGAAAAAGAAGUCGUCAUCAGAAGAAAUCUGUGUGGAUUGACUGCGGCGUCCACGCCCGAGAGUGGAUCGGACCUGCCUUCUGCCAGUGGUUUGUCAAAGAGGCCAUCAACUCGUACCAGUAUGACUCUGUGAUGAGACGCCUGCUCAACCAGCUCAGCUUCUACAUCAUGCCCGUCCUCAAUGUAGAUGGAUAUCACUUUAGCUGGACUACGGAUCGGUUCUGGAGGAAAACAAGAUCCAAAAACCACAAGUUCCACUGUCGUGGGGUGGAUGCUAACAGAAACUGGAAGGUGAAAUGGUGUGAGGAAGGAGCCUCCUCUCACCCCUGUGAUGACACGUACUGCGGGCCGUUCCCCGAGUCUGAACCUGAGGUUAAAGCCGUCGCCAAGUUCUUGCGCAAGCACAAGAAACAUGUUAAAGCCUACAUUUCCAUCCACGCCUACGCCCAAAUGCUGCUCUACCCUUAUUCCUACAAGUAUGCCACCAUCCCCAACUUCAGCUGUGUGGAAUUAGCAGCUCAUAAUGCAGUGACGGCUCUCUACUCUGCAUAUGGAGUGAGGUACAGAUACGGGCCUGCCUCAACUACUCUGUACGUGAGCUCAGGCAGCUCCAUAGACUGGGCCUACAGAAACGGUAUCCCCUACACAUUCGCAUUUGAGCUGAGGGACACGGGAUACUUCGGCUUCCUCCUGCCUGAAUCUCUGAUCAGCCCGACCUGCACCGAGACGAUGAGGGCAGUGAAGGCCAUCGCAUCGGGACUGCUGAAGAAGUGCGAGACAGAGAGGGACAGAUUUCAUAUACAGUGA